CAUGAUGGGAGCCUGAGUUCAGCUGGAGCGACGAAAAAAGAAAGAUGAUUCCCCGGGACGGAGCUGUCAAAGCAAUCUGUGCAUAUUUCUGAUCCUUGUAUAGUCUGUAUACAUCUGAGGUGGAGCCUGUCACUUUUUCCCCUGACCUGCGAUGUUCUUGACGCGCGCUCGGUGACAAUGUUGAAUCGCUAAGGAGGUCUUUUUUGGAUCGAAAAAAAAAAAACCAAAAAAACGGAGCUAGCCAUUGUUGCUAGCUAGCGUGCUAGCCUAGCGAGCUAGCCUAGCUCCAAACGCCCCCCCCCCCCACACACCCCCCGUCCGAGUGACUGGAUACGGGCUUUUUUCUGGGGGGGGCCCCCUCCUUCAGGGGUUACCGGUGAGUUCUCUUAUUUUCGCUUCGGACCGAACCCGAGGCUUAUUCUUUGGACAACUGGGUGAAUGUCGCUGGGGACUAUUUGGAAGAGCGACCGCGGGAUUGGAAAAGUCGGGCCUUCGCUGAGGAGAAGCCGAGCAAGGCCCGUCUUUAUGUUCCAGAGGAAGCCUGUCUAAUCCCAACGAGCUCGGCUGGCUAGCCCCGAGGAGGACCUCCUCCCCCUUCCCUUCCCCCCCUCCUCCCCUUUACCCCGACCUACCGAGCAGAACCACCGUCUACCACCUGACCACCAAAAAGCCUGCUUUCAUCAUUUACCCGUAAUAGACUCCUGUCAGCCGCUGCAAUGACUGCUAUUAUUAAAGAAAUUGUCAGCCGGAACAAAAGGAGAUACCAGGAGGACGGCUUCGACCUGGACCUAACAUAUAUCUACCCAAACAUCAUAGCCAUGGGCUUUCCAGCAGAGCGACUUGAAGGCGUGUACAGAAACAAUAUAGAUGAUGUAGUACGGUUUUUGGAUUCAAAGCAUAAAAACCAUUACAAAAUCUACAACCUCUGCGCAGAAAGACACUACGACGCUGCCAAAUUUAACUGCAGAGUUGCACAGUACCCUUUCGAAGACCACAACCCCCCUCAGCUGGAGCUGAUCAAGCCGUUCUGCGAAGACUUGGACCAGUGGCUCAGCGAGGACGACAAUCACGUGGCGGCCAUCCACUGUAAGGCCGGCAAGGGCCGCACCGGGGUGAUGAUCUGCGCCUAUCUCCUCCACCGCGGCAAAUUCCUGGAGGCCCAAGAGGCGCUCGACUUUUACGGCGAAGUCAGGACAAGGGACAAGAAGGGAGUGACCAUCCCGAGCCAGCGCCGCUAUGUCUACUACUACAGCUACCUACUGAAGAACCAGCUGGAGUACAAGCCGGUGGCGCUGCUCUUCCACAAAAUGGUGUUCGAGACGCUGCCCAUGUUCAGCGGGGGCACCUGCAGAGACAGUACCGUUAAAAACAGGAGCGAGCCGACACCUCAGGGCUUCAAGAAAGGGAAUUGGCAUUGGGAUCCCCAGUUCGUUGUGUACCAGCUCAAAGUGAAGAUCCACACGUCCAACCCCACCCACACCCGGCGCGAGGACAAGCACAUGUUCUUCGAGUUCCCACAGCCGCUGCCGGUGUGCGGCGACAUCAAAGUGGAGUUCUUCCACAAGCAGAACAAGAUGAUGAAGAAGGACAAAAUGUUUCACUUCUGGGUGAACACCUUCUUCAUCCCCGGGCCAGAGGAGGGCUUGGAGAAGCUGGAGAACGGCGCGGUGAACAACGCUGAGAGCCAGCAGGGCGGCGGCCAGGUCCAACAGCAGCAGCUGCAGCCGCCGAGCAGUGCAGAGUGCAGGGACGGUGGCGUCGGCGGCGGCAGGGAUGGCGGCGACAGGGACUACCUCAUCCUGACGCUGACCAAAAAUGAUCUGGACAAGGCAAAUAAGGACAAAGCCAACCGCUACUUCUCGCCAAACUUCAAGGUGAAGUUGUAUUUCACAAAAACCGUGGAGGAGCCUUCAAAUUCAGAGGCGAGCACUUCAACAUCUGUCACGCCGGACGUCAGCGACAAUGAGCCAGACCAUUAUCGAUACUCUGACACCACUGACUCUGAUCCGGAAAAUGAACCUUUUGACGAAGAGCAGCACACACAAAUCACAAAAGUGUGAACUCUUUUAAAUAAGAAAAAAAAUAAACAGCAAGAGAAGAAAUUAUACAGCAGAGAGGAGAAAACUUGAAUAUAAACUUAAAAGAAGAACCUUUUUGUCCCUUACCCUACCCCCACCCCAGAUGGCAAUAGAAUAUCAUCAUGUCAAAUGCCAAUUUUAUGGUGAAAAGAUGAAUAUCCUGACCAAUAUAUUGUUUUUUUUUUUAAAUUUUGUUUAUUUCUUUUCCCUUUUGGCACGGCCAUCAACCACGUGCAAGGUAUUGACACUGUUGCCCGAUGGGAAAAAGGUGCUGUAGCUAUUAAAAAAAAAAAAAAAAAAAAAAAAAUGUGUUUAUAUAUA